AUGAAAGGACUAAAUUAGUUCCUUAAGGAUGAUGAUGAUGAAGAUAAUUUACUAGAGAAUAAUUAGCUCUUCAAUACUUAAAAUCUUAACAAAAAACUUUAGGAAAUUCAAAAUUCACAAAAUGAUCCUUCGAAGUUGAAAUCACUUAAUUCAUUUGGAGGACUUAUCAAACCAAUUGACAAGUAGCCCGCAAAGAAGAAAAUCAAAGCAUUUAAUAUAAACAAUAUCAGUUUUUAACCAGGGUAAAACUAGAUGCCAAAUCCAUUAUAAGGAUUAGGCGUCUUGAAUAACAAGUAAUUUAAUGUCAAUGAUAUUAUUGGAAAGCAAGAGACUCUAAAUCCCAAUAACUUUACUAGCAAUCCAUUUAAUGAAGAAAUAGAAGAAUAUAAGAGUAAGGCAGUAAAGAAAAAUGCAAUAAAUGGAAAUAGCAAUCAAAAUUAGGAUCAACCUGAUAAUUAAAAGUUAAGUCUAAAGACUAACAUAUAAUCUUCUUAGAAAUCUGAUAUUUAGAGAGUAGCCAGAAAUGUACAAAUGCCAAAUUCUGCUCAAGUAUCAAGAUAGAAUUCAAUGGAAAAUCUAAAUAAAUCUUUAGAGCAGGAGGAAUCGGAACCUGUUGUAAAAAAGAAAUUAACAACUAAUGGUGGGGAACCCCCUAAAAAAAGAAUAAUUAAAAAGAUAAUCAAAAAGAAAAAUGCUGAUGGAUCAGAGGCUGUUUCUGAGGUCAAAACUAUAGUUGUUGGAGGAGAUGGUCAGAGAUAAGAAUUCAAUUAGGCACAGUUAUAAUAAGAAGAACUUAAACAGUAAUAGUAGCUAGCUGUGCUGAGUCCACCAGAAAUUGAGCAGACACAAGUUGUGAACUUAUAAAAUUAGUUUGCUGAGGAACCUAAGAAAAAGGUCAAGAAAAUCAUUAUAAGGAAGAAAAAAUUAUAACAAUCAAAUCAAGAAGAAUUGAAAAUUGACUAAACUACAAUGAGCAGUUCAUUCAUUUAAAAAGAAUAGAUUCAAUUUACUUCUCUCAAUGAAAAAAUUGAAUAGCAAAGAUAAGAGGAAAUUAGAUAGUAGGAGGAGUAGAUAAGACAGUAAAAGGAGCUUAAUACUAGGCUACUUAAGGAAUAAUAAUAAAAACUUGAAGAAGAGCGGUAGAGGCUGAAGUAAUUAGAGGAGUUAAAAAUAGAUGAAGAACUAAAGGCAAAAAAACUGAGGGAGGAAAAAGAGAAGAAAAAAAGAGAGAAAAUGGAGGAAGAAGAGAAAGCUAAAUAAGAGCAGGAGGAAUUAUAGGAAAAACUUAAGUAAAUGAAGAAAUAGCAAAAAGAAAUAAAAAAGAAGCAGUAGGAAAAACAGAAGUGGAUGGACAACUAAGAGACUAUUUCAGAUUAGGAUGAAGUUGAAAGCAAGCAUAACAUAUCAGAAAGUAGUGCUAAGAAUAAGAAUGAAAAAGAGGAAGGAGAAGAAUAGGGUUCUGAAGAAGAAGAUGAAAAUAUUGAAGGCGAAGAAAGUGAAGAAGAAGAAGAUGAAGAAGGUGAUUCCGAAGAAGAUGAUAAUUCAAGAAGAUAAAAAUUAUUGCAACCUUAGGCGCCUUAGUACCUUGCUUUAAAAGUUGCUAUAUGCAAUCCAGCUUGCUAUAAAGCAUUCAUUGAAGGAUUGUUACAUGGAUCUAAUCCUAAAGAAAUUAUAAUGAAUCCUAUACCUCUGUCAGUUGGGAUGCUUAGAUUUUCAAUUGAGAGACAUAGAUCAGGAUUCAACAGACUUCAUCCUUCUUAUUAUUUAUUUAUGGAAAAGUAAGGUGGAGAAAAGAAUAAGAAAACUAGAACUAAUGAAAUAUGCCUUGGCAAAUUAAGAGCUAACCCUGAAGGAGAUUAAUACAUUUUAUAUGAUAACGGUGAGAAUUUCUCCAAAGGAAGCAAAUUUAAUUAGAAUCAGAUUAGAAACGAGCAUGGAGUUUUCUUAUUCAAAUAUGAGCCAUGUAAUAUUGGGAAUAUAAGAAAAAUGGUAUCAAUUCUGCCCUCAUUGAUAUAUACUUGCAUUCCAGAUCAAAAUAAUCCAGAUUUAGCUUUGGCAUACGGGAGAGAUUAAAAUGGAAAUUUGGUGAGAAUGAUUCAAAGGGAAUGGAAACCGCUAAAAGAGAAUGACACACUUUUUGAAGUUUUUCAUAAGGAUGGAAUCAGGAAUGUAAACUAUUAAAUAUUUGUUGACAAUCCACCUACUUGGAAUCCAAAAACAAACACAUAUGUUUAUGAUUUUAAGGGUAGAGUGUCCCAACCUUCUAUAAAGAACUUUCAACUAAUACCAGAGUUAGAUGGAAGAAAGAAAUAAACUCUUAAGGAUUUUGUAUUAUAAUUUGGAAAGACUGGCAAGAAUGACUUCAUAGUUGAUGUGCAAUAUCCUUUCUCUAUUUUUUAGGCAUUCGGCCAAGCUCUCUCUUCUUUUGACACUGAUUGA